GUGUCGACGCUCUCUAUCACCUCUAUCCACCAUCUUUAAAACGUUCGAGAACAUGGGAUUCUUUGCGUCUCUCGGGUAGGGUCGGAAGUUAAGUUCACGGGUGCCAAUCCGUCCACAUGGACGCUCGUCAAGAAGAUGAGCGAGAGGGACGACCAAGAUGAUGAAGAUCAAUACCAAGAAGACCCGGCUCCUUCUUCAGCAUGGGCCCUUUUUCAAUGUAGAGAGAACAAUAACAGCAACAACACAGCAAUCAUGAAGAUAUACAUGCAAAUUCCAUACGCAGGUUCAGAAUUUGAAUUACCAGCAGUUAGACGACGGCAAGCCGACGGUUUCGAUCGUUUUGCGCAUAACGAGUUUACGUCUCUAAAGACUUUAACGAGCAAUCAAUGCAAAUCAACCCCAUCACUCCUUGACUAUAAAGAUGAGAAGCAAGACGACUUUGGACCAGUCCCGGGUGGGUUCAUUUUGUAUCUGUUGAUGAAUGAGCUGCCGGGUGUUCGCCUCACGGAUGACUUUUGGAACUUGGAAAGAGCCGAGCGUGAUAAGAUCCGCCAGUCAUUCAAGGCUGCAUGGGAGGAUUGCGUUCGAUGCGGUGUCUACAAAUUCGGGGCUGACAUCUCGAAUCUACUUUGGGAUAAACAUCGAGAAAAAAUUUACAUCGUGGGUUUUCAGAUGAGCCGCCCCUCAAGACCUGAAGAUGUCUGGUGUGAUGUCUGAUGGCUCACAUGGGGCUUAGCGAAGGGACAGCCAGGUUAUCGGUCGUACAAAGAGGUUCCAAAGACCUCGGAUACCUCUAAGUGGACAAUGUGAAUGUGAUUCUGUAGCUCAACCCCCAUGCGGAAAACUUCCCCCCUUUAACUGAUGUUUCGAAUGCUAUUGCUUUCACGCUAUGAUUCUGGCAGGUCAAAAAAGAAUCUGCGGUACUCAUAU